UCUAAUAAUUAAGAUAUAAAAUUGUGGGUUAUACAAUUGUAGGCUACAAUAGAUAACCAGACAACAUUUAUGCAUACAGCAAAACAUCCCGGUACCCUGAUAUUUGACUAGCACCCUCAAAAUUUUCUGCAGGUAAAGCUUCGAGCAGGUUGUUAUGUUAGCCAACACCAACCUCAAUUCUUGCAAUUUCUCAUAUUUCCCAGUUCAUGGACAUAAUCAUGCUCCUCCGAAAAUUCCAUCUCCGCAACCCAUUAAACCUGAGCAGCAAAAGUUCCCAAUUGUUAUAAAAUUAAGCACAAGAUUUUAUGAAAAACACUGUAGGACUCGUACUAGCUGUAAUAGUAAUUGGAAAGAUGAGACUGGAAUCAACGGCAGCAUAAAACUGGUGCCAUUGCAGAAACUGCAAAAUUCAUUUUGGUGUUACAGUUCAUUGAGCACGGAAGAGAACCCGGAAAAUCCCAUAUUGGAAAAUGAAGAAAUUUGUCUGGAGGAGGAGAAUGAUGCAAAUAAUGGAGGAGGAGGAGGAGGAGGAGGAGAAAGGGACUGGACGACGUCGUUGUUGCUCCUUGGACUUUAUGCUGGACUUGUGUACUAUGUUGUCUUUCUAGCACCAAACCAAACCCCGUCGACAGAUGUGUAUUUCUUGAAAAAGCUUGUUAAUAUAAUAGGAGAUGAUGGCUUCCAAAUGAAUGAAGUGCUAGUGGCUUUGUGGUAUAUCUUGGGGUUGUAUCCGUUUGUGUACAGUAUGUUGCUGCUUCCGACUGGCCGAUGUGAAAAUAGGAGUGUCCCUGUCUGGCCCUUCCUCAUUCUUUCAGGCUUUGCAGGUGCAUAUGGUCUGAUUCCAUAUUUUAUUCUUUGGAGACCACCACCACCACCUAUUGAAGUAACUGAGCUUAGAAGAUGGCCUCUGAAUUUUCUGGAAUCAAAAAUAACUGCCGCGAUUGCAUUGGCUGCAGGGUUAGGUUUAAUGGCUUAUGCAGGUUUAUCUGAUGGGGCUGUUUGGAGGGAGUUUUACCAGUACUUCAGAGCAAGCAAAUUUGCCAUAUCUACUUUGAUUGUGUACCCUUUUUCUGCCACCAGUACAACUUUUGGAUGUGGCCAGGCUGCAUUAUUGCUUCUUUUGUAUUUUUACCUUGGAAGAAAAUGGCAAAUGCAAAGAUACAUCUUACAUGCAUUGACUUUGCUUUGUUAUCAACAUUUGCUCCAUUCUGGGUUUACAAUGAUAUGACUGCUCGAAGAUGGGAUAACAAAGGUUUAUGGCUGCUUCCCUUAUCAUUGAUUCCAUUAGUUGGUCCUGCUUUAUAUCUCAUCCUACGACCUUCCCUGCUAGCUGUGCCAGCUUUGCUAAGCUCAAGCACUUCAGAAGAAAAAUGAUGGAUGACCUUUGGGAAAAUUUGUGAGAAGCUGUUAUGAUAGACUAUUGUAGAACCUAAGACCGGAAGCUGUCAAGCUCCAUUUGUGAUGCAUGAAGCCACCAUUCGUGAUGCAUGAAGCGGGUGGUGCUCUGACUCUCUCUCUCUCUUUUUCUUUUUUUUUUUUGGUUUGUUUUUGUAAUCCUCAAUUGUUUUGUGGAAAUUUAAACUUUGAACUCAAAAUUAAUUGGGCAAGAACAGAUGAUACUACUAAAUUUUCGAGGUUUGUAGAAUUCCAUGGAUGGGAAAGAUACACAAGUAUGUCAGAUAAACAGUGAGCUGAAAUGAGGAGGUGUAGGAAAACGAAACUCAUUUAAUAGUGUAGAGGAAAAUACAAUUUCAAUUGUCAGUAUGAAACUUAUUGGAUAUCUCAUUAU